AAUGUUGUUGUGAGGCAUCCGCAAGGCCCCGCGCCUUCAAUCGCCACAAGCAUGUCUGCUUUAUUUUUGUUGAUCUCUCAACAAAAAAAACCUCUUGCACUUAUUAGAUAAAUACGGCUUGCAUUAACCGAUACAGUUAGUACUCGCAGCGCUUUAGCUCUCGUUAAGCCAUGGCUGCAGAUUACCAAUAUUAUGUGACUCAUUUAAAUUUCAUGGAGACCGACGAGGGGGAGUCCUCCAGCAGCGGCCCCUUGUCCAGCUUCAACAGCCUCUUCUCCUUCACCAGCCCCGCGGUGAAGAAGCUCCUCGGCUGGAAGCAGGGCGACGAGGAGGAGAAGUGGGCAGAGAAGGCAGUGGACAGCCUCGUCAAGAAGCUGAAGAAGCGCAAGGGGGCCAUUGAGGAGCUCGAGCGCGCGCUUUCCUGCCCCGGGACGCAGAGCAACUGCGUGACGAUACCCCGCAGCCUCGACGGCCGCCUCCAGGUGUCCCACCGCAAAGGCCUCCCCCACGUGAUCUACUGCCGGGUCUGGCGCUGGCCCGACCUUCAGAGCCACCACGAGCUGAAACCUCUGGAGCACUGCAAGUUCCCGUUUUCGGCCAAGCAGAAGGAGGUCUGCAUCAACCCCUACCACUACAAAAGAGUGGAAAGUCAAGUUUUGCCGCCGGUCUUGGUCCCCCGACACAGCGAUUUUGUCCCAGGGCACUCGCUCCUACCGUUUCAGCAAGUGGUGGAGCCCAACAUGCCCCAGAAUAUUAGUUAUAAUUCCAAUGGAUUUAAUUCCAAUCAUUUGAGUCCGAGUUCGCCACUGUCGAGUGUGUCUAGUCCGGGGAGUGUUUCGUCGAAUAAUCCGCAGAGUCCGUAUUCGAAUUUGGCGGAGACUCCGCCCCCGGCCUAUAGCCCCACCGACGAGAAUACGAAUAAUAAUACGAGUCCGCAACCGUCGCUUAAUACAGAUGUGCAACCGGUGGCCUAUCAGGAGCAGCCCUAUUGGGCUUCUAUCGCCUACUAUGAGUUGAAUUGUCGCGUCGGGGAAGUUUUCCAUUGCCAUUCGACGUCCGUUAUUGUUGAUGGGUUCACCAAUCCCAGCAACAACAGCGACAGAUUUUGCUUAGGGCAGCUAAGCAACGUAAACCGCAACUCAACCAUCGAAAACACCCGCCGUCACAUCGGCAAAGGGGUCCACCUAUACUACGUCAACGGCGAAGUUUACGCCGAAUGUCUCUCCGAUUCGCCAAUUUUCGUCCAAUCCCGCAACUGUAACCACCACCAUGGGUUUCACCCAUCCACCGUGUGUAAAAUCCCGGCUGGUUGUUCGUUGCGUAUUUUCAACAACGCCGAAUUUGCCCAACUCCUCUCCCAAUGCGUGAAUCAUGGUUUUGAGGCCGUUUACGAACUCACAAAAAUGUGUACGAUACGUAUGAGCUUCGUCAAGGGUUGGGGCGCGGAGUACCAUCGUCAGGACGUCACAAGCACCCCCUGCUGGAUCGAGGUGCAUCUCAACGGCCCCCUCCAGUGGCUCGACAAGGUGCUGACCCAAAUGGGGUCCCCUCACAAUGCCAUAAGUUCGGUCUCGUAAUCGGUAAUAACACGGGACGUAUGAGUGCCAUUUCAGGUUAUGCAAAUGCAACGGUGGGAAAUUACGUGUUGCCUUACGGUAAAGUGCAUUUUUCAGCAUCGGCGAAUGAUUAUUUAUGUGUACAGGAAACCGAGCUGAAAACUUGUAAAUUCUGGAUGUAAUUAUAACGAACAGUUAUGUGUCUGUCUUAAUUGAUCUCUAGAUGGCUACGAUUUUAUUGGUUUGUUGGUUAUUUACAGUUUAAUUCACAGACAGCGUUUUUACAUAUUGUUUGACUUUAUUUUAUUGUUUUGGUGGGCCCUUCUUGCAAAAAAUGACAGCAUUUUAAGUUUAGCAAGAUGUGCCGCCCUGUAUAUUUAAUUAAAAAAAUUUUUUAAACUUUCUCAAGCAUCAAUGCAGGCCGCUGAUAUACCGGGUGAUCAAGAAUGCUUGUUUCGGUUGGCAACGGUGUGACAUUUGACACGAUAAGAUUUUUGGUUAUGUCCUUAUUGCCAACUGAAAAAUCAUUUUCUUAAAUUAUUUUUCGAGCUGGUUUCGACAAAAUUUCUACGUUUGUACUUAAUUCCUGCACUGAUUCUCGAGAAAGAUUUGCCUUUGGCUGAACAACUGGUUCGGUGGUACAAAUACGAGUGUAAUAGAAACAUAAAGAAUACUUUGUGCAAUUAAUAAACUCCGUUAGCCGUAAGGAUAAAAUAAGUGUAUUUGUAAGUAAAAUAUAAAUCAAAAUAUUGUCCAUUUUACAUAAGUUAAAGAGUUAUUGUUACAUUACAAGUUUUUUAUAGUUGUGUAUGCAAUUUCUUGUUUGUUUUAUCAACGAUAAAAAGGUUGGGUGGCAGCACCAGCUGUCGAAGUGUAUAUUUUUUGAGAUAUUAUCCAUAUUUACUAUACCACGAAAAGUACACCUUUUUAUAUUGUCAGUGCAAUUUUUUUAUUUUCGUUUUAAAUAAAAUUGUAGAUUACU